GCCCGCCUCGGAGCCCGCUCCCUCGUCUCCUCCUCCUCCUCCUCCUCCUCCCCCAGCCUCGUCUCCGCCGCCCGGGCCGCCGCCGCCGCCUCCUCGGCAGCCGCUGGGCUGGUGCCUCCAGCUGCUCAGCAGCUUCCCUGGAUGCUGGGUUGGUAACAUUGCUGCAAAGUUUCGCUGCUGCUGCCGCCGCCCGCUUUGCCUUUGGUGGUGGCCGCCCGGCUGUGGGAUCGCGCGUGUGUGGGGUUCGUUUGUCGGUUUGGGUCGGUGCGUGCGUGCGUGUGUGUGUGUGUGUGUGUGUGUGUGUCCCUCGUCCCUGCUGCUGCUGGGCAGGCAGAAGGGGCUGGGGUGGGGUGGGGGGUGGGAGAGAGAGAGAGAGAGUUGUUGGUGCGGUGCGGUGCGGUGCACGCUUUUCUCCUUGCACAAAAGCCCCGGCAAAGAAAACUCUUGGAAAGCUCGGAGCAGGAGGAGCCGGGAGCCGGACGGCCACCGAUCUUGCUGUCCUGGCGCUGCAAUUGUGUGUCUUCCCCCCCCCCUCGAACUGGAUACGUUGUUGCAACUGUGAAGGAACUAAAUUCGAUUUUGUAGGAGCCUUAUUAUUUUUUUGGGGGGGGGUUGUUUUUUGGUAGAGAGUCUCGUUUUCCUCCAACCCCCCCCCUUCACUCUCCCGAUCAUUUUUCCCCCUUGGGGGUAGAAGGGGAUACCCAAGGGGGGGGGAAGUAAAGGAAUAUGAUUGCUUCGUGGUUGACUUUCGCCUUCCUUUGUGGAACUUUCUGUGCAGGGCCAGGUUAUGGGGAGGCAGAGACGAGAGAAUGCAUCUACUACAAUGCCAACUGGGAGCUGGAGAAGACCAAUCAGAGUGGUGUGGAACGCUGUGAAGGAGAGAAGGACAAACGGCUCCAUUGCUAUGCUUCUUGGAGAAACAACUCUGGCUCCAUUGAGUUGGUGAAGAAAGGCUGCUGGUUAGAUGACUUCAACUGCUAUGACAGGCAAGAAUGUGUAGCCACAGAAGAGAACCCUCAAGUGUUUUUCUGCUGCUGUGAGGGAAACUAUUGCAAUGAGAAAUUUACGCACUUACCUGAAGUAACUGGUCCAGAAGUAAUAUACGAGCCACCACCACCAACACCCUCACUACUCAACAUUCUGGUUUACUCUCUGCUUCCAAUCGCUGUUCUGUCAGUGGCCAUUCUCUUGGCCUUCUGGAUGUACCGUCACCGAAAGCCCCCCUAUGGGCACGUUGACAUUAAUGAGGACCCUGGUCCACCACCCCCUUCUCCAUUGGUUGGCCUUAAGCCUUUGCAAUUAUUGGAGAUCAAAGCUAGGGGGCGCUUUGGCUGUGUCUGGAAGGCUCAGCUGAUGAAUGACUAUGUAGCAGUGAAAAUCUUCCCCAUACAGGAUAAAAUAUCCUGGCAGAGUGAGAGAGAAAUCUUCAACACCCCUGGCAUGAAGCACGAAAACCUUUUGCAGUUUAUUGCAGCAGAGAAGCGAGGAACAAACCUGGAGAUGGAGCUAUGGCUGAUCACAGCUUUCCAUGACAAGGGCUCUCUGACAGAUUACCUGAAGGGGAAUAUUAUCAGCUGGAAUGAACUCUGCCAUGUUGCGGAAACGAUGGCCCAUGGACUGUCCUACCUACAUGAAGAUGUCCCGUGGUGUAAAGGGGAAGGACACAAACCUGCCAUAGCACACAGGGACUUCAAGAGUAAAAAUGUGUUGUUGAAGAAUGACUUGACAGCAGUUCUAGCUGAUUUUGGACUGGCUGUACGGUUCGAGCCUGGAAAACCUCCAGGGGACACCCAUGGACAGGUGGGAACAAGGAGGUACAUGGCUCCUGAGGUGUUAGAGGGGGCGAUCAACUUCCAGCGAGAUGCCUUCCUGAGAAUAGACAUGUAUGCAAUGGGACUAGUAUUGUGGGAGUUAAUCUCCAGGUGCACAGCAGCUGAUGGUCCAGUAGAUGAGUAUAUGCUGCCUUUUGAAGAGGAGAUAGGUCAGCAUCCAUCCCUUGAGGACCUGCAGGAAGUGGUGGUUCACAAAAAGAUGCGGCCUGCUUUCAAGGAUCACUGGCUGAAACACCCUGGUUUGGCACAGCUAUGUGUUACGAUUGAAGAAUGCUGGGACCAUGAUGCAGAGGCUCGGCUUUCGGCAGGCUGUGUCGAGGAGCGCAUUUCUCAGAUCCGUAAAUCAGUAAACGGCACUACCUCGGACUGCCUCGUUUCCAUCGUGACAUCUGUCACCAACGUGGACUUGCCACCCAAAGAGUCCAGUAUCUAAGUCCUGGUUCACUUUUGUCUUUCCAGACUCAGUGGAUUUAAAAAAGUUUAAAAACCCAACAAACACAUGAAUGCAGCUGCUAUUUUAUCUUGACUUUUUAUUAUUAUUGUUGUUGUUGUUGUUGUUUUUGGAUUGGAUCAAUUUUACCAGCACAUUGCUCUACUGUAUUAAAAAAAAAAAAGAAAAAAAAAAAGAA